AUGGCCAAAGCACCACAGAAGUCGAAGGAAGCCAAGGCGAAGGCUGCCUCCGGAGGAGGAAAGAAGUCCAAGAAGAAGUGGUCUAAGGGAAAGGUCCGAGAUAAGCUCGCCAACGCUUGCGUCUUCGAUCAGGCCACCUACGACAAGGUCAUGAAGGAAGUGCCCAACUACAAGGUCAUCACCCCCUCCAUCGUCUCCGAUCGAAUGAAGAUCCGUGGCUCCCUCGCCCGAACUGCCAUCAAGAACCUCUUCGCCGCUGGCAAGAUCAAGUGCCUGAUCCAGCACGGUUCCCAGAUGGUCUACACCCGGGCCAUCAACCCCGAGGAGUAA